UUCGUGUCAUUCUACGCACAGGAGAAAAUGCCUGCGAAAGGAAAGAAAUCGGGAAAUACAGGCCUCACAGCAGCAGAUAAACCAAAACCUAAGGGUUCUGGAAAAUCCGCAUCGGGAAAAAAGAAACAGACCAAGAAAAGGACAGAAUCCUUCAAAGUUUUCAUCAUGCGAGUUUUAAGGCAAGUUCAUCCCGAGCUUACGAUUUCUAACCGCUCCAUGGGUAUAAUGAAUUCGUUUGUCAUCGACAUUUUUGAAAGAAUUGCCUCUGAAGCGUCUAGACUGGCCAAGUAUAAUCGCCGACCAACCAUGAACAGCCGUGACAUCCAGACGGCGGUUCGUCUGCUGCUUCCCGGGGAAUUGUCCAAACACGCGGUGUCCGAGGGGACCAAAGCUGUCGCCAAGUACACUAGCUCCACUUAGACCAAGAAACCAAGCAACAUUGUGUCAGUAACUAUAGAAAACUUUUUUUGAAGGAUUUAAGUUGUGAAGAAUAAUGCAAACGAAUUGUAUUGUGUUAUUUUUAUUUUAG